AUGGAAGCAUCCCAAAGAGGGAAGAGGAAAAUGAAGAAUGAGAUGGAGACUGGGGGAGUUCGAUACAGGGGAAUCCGCAGGCGACCAUGGGGAAAGUUUGCAGCCGAGAUUCGUGAUCCGACGAGGAAUGGGACACGGCUAUGGCUCGGAACUUUCGAGACGGUUGAGGAGGCUGCUAGGGCUUAUGACAGGGCUGCUUUUGCUUUCCGGGGUCACUCGGCUAUUCUCAACUUCCCAAACGAGUUCCAAUGUCAGAAUCCAAGCUUUCCAGCCUCUUCAUCUUGUAAUUCAGUUGGAAGAGUAAAUCCCCAAAGAGGAGGAGGAAGUGAAGUAAUUGAAUUUGAGUACUUGGAUAACAAGUUGUUAGAGGACCUUCUUGAAGCGCAACAAAACAUGCAUGGUCUAUAA